CAAUCAACUAAACAACCAAGAGAAAAUUUUACCAAAAGAAAUCAAUUUUCAAAAACAAAAAUUUAUUCAAACUCAAACUAUUGUUUUCAUCAUUCAUUUGAACGAAUCACUUGACUGUACUGGAAUAAAAAAUGGCUGAAGAAGCACAAAAACGUGUACAAACUGAAGUAAAUAAAUUCCUUACAAAUUUAGAUCAAACAUGUUUACGUAAAAUGCAAGUACAAAUGUUUCAAUGUUCAGCAAAAUGUUGUGAAAAUAAUCAAGCAUCAAUGGAACAAGUUGCUAGCUGUGUUGAAGAUUGUUCAUCCAAAUUUCGUAAAGCACAAAGCUAUAUUUCAAAUGAAAUGUCCGGAUUUUUGAAACGAUUAGAACGAUGUGCCUUACAAUGUCAAGAUCAAAUACAUGAUCAAAUGAAUGCCGAUACAACUGAUGAUCAAAUGAAACGUUAUGAAACACAAUUUGAAUCAUGUGUAAUACGUUGUGCUGAUGAUACUAUUAAAGUGAUGCCUGAUUUAUUUCGUAAAAUUAAAGGAAUUAUCGAUAAAGAAGCCUAUCAUAAAGCCUAAACAAGAGGAAUGGGAUUCUGGGGGAAGAAAAAAAUGUUUGGAGGGGGAAAAACCACCGGUAAUCCACCGCGGUAAUACAUUGCAUCAUCAUCAUCAUCAUCAUCAUCUUUGUC